AUGAAUGGCGAUUCUAACAGCAAGGAUAUUGUAAAUAAAAAGUUAAUUACUGAUUUUAAAUGUAAUUCUAACGAAAUUGACGAUAACAAUUUUGAAUCUGUUUCGAACGCUGUUAAUAAAGUAGAUGAAAUUAAACUCGAUAAUAAUAGUUUGUUGGCCUCAAAACAAAGAAAAAGUUCAUUUCAGAUUACAAGUAUCAUUGAAAAAAGUUCGGAAAAAUUGAAUACAAUGGUUGAAAGUCUGUCAGAAUCUACCAUACCAACUUAUUUGAAUGGUCAGGUUAGUGAUAUUAGCAUAACACCUGUAAAUAGCACCCCUGAUUCAAGUCUUUCAUCUGUUAUUAACAAUGACUACCCAAAAGAAAAUUUAAUAGAUUUAACACAGGCUGUCAAAUUUGACAAUUCGUCAAUAACUAGUCAACAACAAGUCAAUUGUGAAAGCGUUAACAGCAAUGUCAAGAUACUCAACAAGUUUCCUGAAACUCAGUCAAGGUUUAAAGUUGUACGAAUUUCGAGUCGUCGAAAACCCAUAAUGAGAGGUCGCUGGUCGUGUCAGGAUUUUGAAUUUGACAAACCUAACACUGGUCAGUAUAUCUCUCAUUCGUCAAUGUACAAAACGCCAAAGGUGUCUAUUCCAGAAGGCACUGUUGCCAACGGAAUGGAGGAGAAACCAACAAGUCAGGACAGUGGUUCUGGUAACUCAAGUGUAGUUAAUUCAAUCUAUUACAUUGGGGACGAUUCUUCUAAUCUGUCAAUUCCAUUUGGGAUGGUGUACGCAAAUGGGCACCUGACACUCGACACCAUCCUCACCAAUCCGCACUCUUCGGGGUAUUCUUCGACUGCCAUCAUUCGUGACCAGAACAUCAACUUAGAUGACCUUUAUAGCUUAGUCGUGCCAGAUUUAGAAAAUAAUGAAAACCUUUUUGGCAUGUCAUCCAUUCAAGAUAGAUCCAACAUUCCAGAUAUGUCUGUAACUGAAAACUGUGCCACAACAUCUAAUUAUGCCCUGGACGACAAGAUUGCACAAGCAAUGGACCUUGUGAAGAGUCAUUUAAUGUUUGCUGUACAUGAGGAGGUAGAGCAGCUAAAAGAACAAAUCAAAGAGUUAAUGAUGAGAAGAAGUGAGCUUGAACAAGAGAAUUCCAUCUUGAGAGCCUCUGCCUCUCCGGAGACCCUGGCCAAACUUAAUGUGAUGAUAUCAAACAGCAACAAAGAGGCCAUCAACGACAGCAACGAUUUUUUUAAUAACACUAAUGAUAGUAUCAUCUGCAGUGAUGCUACUGCUAUCUCUAGUAAUAUCAGUAAUAGCGUUUUUAGUGAUAAUAUUAAUAAUGUUACUACUACUUCUACUACUACUGCUGCUGCUGCUGCUGCUGCAAAUACUACCACUACUACGACAAAUACUGCAUGUACUAUAAAACUGUCAUAAUUUUAAUGUAUUAUGUUCCUUUUUUAUUAUUUCAUAAAUUUUCAGAAAAUUUUUUUUUAAUUUCAUAAUAAGAGGAAAAAGGGUGUCCUAUAAUUGUCAUGAUGCGUUGAAAAUUAUAUUAUUAUUAUUUAUUUAUUUUUGUUCGUUUGUUUGUAUGACGUCAUUUUUCCUUCUUGAUUUUUCUGUUUAUAAGUGAACAAUAAUUAAUAAUCUUAAGUUUUUGUGAUUAAUCAAUCAAUGUUUAUGUAUUUUAAUGUAUAUAUGCAAAUAUAUGUGCGUGUUUUGCAAAUAAAUUAUAUAUAUAUUAUAUAUAUAUAUAUAUAUGUAUAUAUAUAUUUAUAUGUAUAUAUAUAUAUAUUUUCACAUAUGUGAUGACAUGAAAGAUGUUUGGGUUUAAAAAUUUUUUAUAUCUGGAAUUGCCCAAUUCCUAACCACAACCACCAGUUAUAAGCAGUGGGCCAGCCUUUUUGCAGCUGAGCAUUUUGGGUCAAAGGUCCCUGUUCCACGAGGCAGUGGUUUUAGCCUUCAAAAAAGCAUAGAAAAUCACCCUCUGUUGAAGCCGUUGUCCUAGGGUUUUACGCCACUUCCACCGUUGUUUUCUUUCUUUUUUCUUGUACAGUUGGUUCGUGGCAUUUUAUUUCGUAUUGUUUGAAGUAAUCCCAGACGGUCUCCCUGAAGUCCUGGACGCAAUGGAUAGAUCGGCUUGGAGGCAGAAGCUAAUUAUGGAAUAAAAAAAAGAUUUUUAUAUAUAUAUAUAUACACAUAUGUGUAUAUGGUUUUUUUUGAAAUUAUAACAUUGAAUACAAAAGAUGUAUUUUGGACGAUAUUGUAGAUUAAUUUACUACUACCAUGAACUAAAAUUGAAUUGAUUGAUUUAUCGACAUGCUGAUAUAUUUGAGAGGAGAGAGAGAGUGAGAAAGAAAUGAAAAAG